AUCUGUGCGGCCUUUCUAGGCGGAGACCCUCUGGAACGAAACGGAGGAGAGAAAGAGGCCGCCCGGCAUGUCGCCUCCACGGCCGGUACCACGGCCGCCUCUGCACCACGCCGGACACUCCCAGCACGGAGCCCCUCCGGCGCCACCAGCUGCCCUGCCAUUCUACAUGGACGACGUCAUAAACGCGGACGUAGGGCGUAACGCCUCGGCUUUCCAUCCGCUCAUCGUGCCUUGGAACGUGAACGAGAACGACAUACUCGAUUUGGGAGAUUUCGAGGAAGACCUGCAGCAGUACAUCUCCUAUCGUGGCUCGUCGCCCAUCGAGAACUACAUCGACGGAUACGGCGCCCUGCCCUCGCACCUGUCUUUCGGCGGGGCCGUGGACGCCCUGGGCACUAACCCACCCAUCCACGCACAGCGCUUCCAGUGGCAAGACGAACAUCGCCAGCGCCUGCGAACGGAGCGCCAACAGCGACAGGAGCACGCUCAGAUAGAAGAAAGUGAGGAAGAACAGCAGGUGGCAGAGCGACAGGGACCGCGACAGCAACGGCAGCAACAAGAGCGGUCCCUUCUGCAGCAACAACGCAGCCUCUUUGGCUACCGGCGCACGCGCCGCCAGGACCAGUCGGAAGCCGUUCGUGCCGCAGCCACCAACGAGAACCCCGACGCUGAGCAAGCACAAAGGGCGGCCAGGGACCACCGCAGCCAAGGCGAUGGCGUCACGGAAUCCAACCGACGUCGCGGAAGUAACGCCACGAACCUGGAGUACGAACAACUGCCGCUGGACUGAGGAAGAACGUGCCAGAUAACCUGCCGCUUGCGCGGAUAUCUGAAUGCAAUGUCCAACUGCCUUGACACUGCGACAGCUGUCGGCUUGCAGGUGGGGUGGGUUUGAGUCACUUGAACACCGCAC